AUGCGUUUCCUGUGCCUGCACGGCCUCGGCACCAACUCGCAGAUCCUAGAGUCGCAGCUAGACCCCAUCCGGUCCCGCCUGCCCUCGAGCUACAAGUUUGAGUUUCUCGACGGCGACGAGCCGACAAACCCGUUUCCCGACAUCGCCGCCGCCUACCCCGGGCCGUACCUGUGCUACUACGACGGGCCCACACCCGCAGCCGUGCAAGCCGCCGCCGACGCGGUGCUGGACGUGGUGAGCGAGGACGGGCCCUUCGACGUGGUGCUGGGCUUCUCGAGCGGCGCAUCACUCGCAGCAACCAUCCUGGCGGCCGCCGCCGAGCGCCGCCCUGCCGGCCCGCCGCCGUUCAAAGCCGCCGUGUUCGUGUGCGCCAUCGUGCCGUACCGCCUCGGGUCCGGGCCGCUGCGCAUCGACUACGACCCCGCGUCGCCCAGCGCGGGGCACGUGGCGCGCGCGCGCCGCUGCGAUGUCCCCGAGACAGGGGACGGAGGGUGCGACUACGACAUCUGGCGCGACCCCGAGGCGGCGCCCAUCGCCGCCGAGCUCGCCGAGCGCAGCCGCCUCAAGCGCGGCAGCUUCGCCGACGGACUGCAGACGUGGAGCGCCGACUUCCUGCUCGCGUACCACCCGUCCGUCCACGGCGCGCAUGCCAUCACCGUGCCGACGGUGCAUGUCGUCGGGCAGAGCGACGUCACGUUUGGCGACCAGAGCAGGACGCUUGCGGAGCUGUGCAGCCCGCGCGGGAGGAAGGUCGUGACGCACGCUGGCGGGCAUCAUUUCCCGCGUGAUGCUGCGACGACGGAUAGGGUGGCGGCGGCGAUUGAGGCCAUGGUUGAGAGGGUUGUGAUGGGGCUUGCUUGA